AGUGUAUAUAAGCUCGCGCCGAGUCCUCACCAGCACAACGCAUACCGGCCUUCGCCUCAACCGUCUAGCACUACCAUCUGAACACACAACCGCUGCAAUGAUGCGUGCCGGAGGAGCCGUGGCUAUAGCAGUAGCCACGUUGCUGGUCUGCUGCAGCGCUGAUCCUCACCAGGAACAAGAUCUAAGAGUAGGCGCACAGAACACAGGCGAUCAUUACGACGUUAAUGAUUUGAAACAGAGAGAAGAACUUGAGGACUUCAUGAGAUUUCUCACCCAAUACGUAAAUAAAAUUGAUAGAGAAAGCAAUUUGGGCAGCAUUGGAGGGACUACAUCACUAGGAAGAAACUUUAAUACUUACGAAAAUAAGCCUUUAAGAGGACCAAGAGGUGGACCUUUGAGUGGUAAAAACAUUUAUGGAAUUGGAGGAUCGACGCUUUCGGGGAGCGAUAUGGAGAACAAGAUGCAAUACGCUAGAUAUCUCGAUUCUUUGGGCGGUGGUAAUUUUGUCCGCACUCUCGAUACUAUUGGAGGAGGAAAUUUUGUGAGAAAUUUAGAUUCAAUCGGUGGGGCUAACUUCGUCAAGAAGAACCUCGAUCAAAUUGGAGGGCCCAAUUUAGUCAAGAGAUAUCUGGAUUCAUUGGGUGGUGGAAACUUCGUCCGUCACAAGCAACGGAAUUUGGAUUCAUUGGGUGGAGGCAAUUUGGUUCGCGAAGUGCGAGAGUUACGGCACUUUCCUUAUUUCAUGGGAAGGAGGUUCGAAUACAACAGUCCAUACGGAGGCAAGCGGGAUACAUGGCCGCUCGUGAUGCCAAUCGAGUACGGAUAUUACGGAGACGGCCUUCCCAAGCGCAAUUUCGAUGAGAUUGAUCGGUCGAACUUGGACAACUUUGUGAAGAAGCGUAACUUCGAUGAGAUUGACCAGACGUCAAUGCCGUUCCCCUUCAAACGGUUCUACCACUUCAUCGGACCUAACUACCUGGACUCGGUAACAAACUUCGACAAGAAGAGGUACAGACCAGACUUCCCCAUGGACGAGAUCGACCUGUCCCAAUUCCCCAUCGGCUCAAAGCGUUCUGAAAUGUCUGCUCACAACCUACGAUAAGCUGUCAACAACAAAAAACAACUAUAAAAAUCCAAUCACAAAUCUUUUAAAACUUUUGCGUUGUUAUAUUCGCCAUGUCACGGUCCCUAAACAUCUUUCAAGUAAACCUGUUUUAAUAAGUUUUAUCCCCAAUUUGAAUUGAUCUACGUGACUCUAUUGCAUAAUUAUGCAAAAUACUCUAAAUAAUCCUCAGCGAAUCCUCCUCGAAUUUUGUAGCACUUAACUUGAAAUAAAUAAAAUUAUUUGAUGUAAAUUUUGUGUCGGUAUUACAGAACUGUACUUAGUAGAUAUUAUUAAAUUAUUAUUAGGUAAGCGCAGAGGGGUAUAUCAAAUAUCCAAUUAUGUCUAACAUGUAUAUUUACAAUAAAAAUAUUUCUAAAGAAAUAUAAAUUAAUAUAAUAUGUGUAUCUGUAAAUUAUUUUUCUCUAAAUUUAAAACAUAAAAAAAUUAAUGAAAUAGGUUUAUUUUUAAUAUUGUCAUAUUAUACAUGCAAUUGUUAAUAUUAUCGAAUCCAAUAUAUUAUAAUAAAAAAUUAAGAA